AUGGGGACUGAGCCCAAAUCUCCUCCAACAGGAUUCUUUGCCUUCAAGUCUGGGCUUGCCAGAGCCAAGAACUUGAGGCUCGCCCAACAGGCGCCCCACAUCUCUCCUGGGAAGCGGGGGUCCCAGCCCGGCGCCUGCAACACCACCCCCUGCCCGCCUCCAGAGAUGCUGCCCCAGCUGUCGGUAUGUUCGGAGCGGGUCUCCGGGGAGCCAGAACCCGAGCCGGUGGGCGAGGAGCUGUGGGAGCAGGAGAUGGAGCGGCUCUGCUCCUCGCGGGAGCCCGUGCGGGCGCUGCCCUACGCCAUGGUGGACAAGCGCUUCAUCCGGCAGCUGCGGGAGCCCGAGGGGGUGAAGACCUCGUGCUGGCAGCGGUGGCGGCGCCGGCGGCGGAUGGCGGGAGGACGCCUGAGGGAGGCGGCGCAGAGGCUGGCCCGGGGCUUUGGGCUCUGGGAGGGGGCUCUCUACGAGAUCGGGGGCCUCUUUGGCACCGGAAUCCAGUCCUACUUCACCUUCCUUCGCUUCCUGCUGCUGCUCAACCUGCUGACUCUGCUUCUGACCGGUGGCUUCGUCCUGCUGCCCCUGGUCUGGCUGCGCCCCCCUGACCCAGGCCCCCCCCUUAACUUCACCCUCCAGUGCUCCAGUGGCCACCAGUCCCAGACUGGUGUUCCCAGGUUUCACAAUCAACUUUGGAAUGUUUUAACUGGCAGGGCCUUCAACAACACCUAUCUCUUUUAUGGCGCGUACCGGGCGGGGCCUGAGAGCAGCUCAGCAUACAGCAUCCGCCUGGCCUACCUCCUGAGCCCGCUGGCCUCCCUACUCCUCUGCUUCUGUGGGACUCUCCGGCGGAUGGUGAAAGGGCUGCCACAGAAGCUGUUCCUGGGCCAGGAGUACAAGUCACCUCUCAGUGCCAAGGUCUUCUCCUCCUGGGACUUCUGCAUCCAGGGAGAGCAAGCGUCCACCAUCAAGAAGCACGAGAUCAGCAAUGAGUUCAAGGUGGAGCUGGAGGAGGGGCAUCGCUUCCUGCUGAAGCAGCAACAGACCCGGGCCCAGAGGGUCUGCCACCUGCUCACCUACCUGCGGGUCAACAUCCUCAUUGGGCUCCUGGUGGUCGGGGCCAUCAGUGCCAUCUUCUGGGCCACCAAGUAUUCGCAGGACAACAAGGAGGAGUCCCUGUUUGUGCUACUCCAGUACCUGCCCCCUGGGGUCAUUGCCCUGGUCAACUUUCUGGGUCCCCUGCUGUUUGUUUUCCUGGUCCAGCUGGAAAACUACUCUCCCAACACUGAGGUCAACCUCACCCUUAUGUGGUGCGUGGUGCUGAAGCUGGCCAGCCUGGGAAUGUUCUCCUUCUCGCUGGGCCAGACCGUGCUGUGCAUCGGCAGAAACAAGACCAGCUGCAAGUCCUACGGCUAUGACGCCUGCGACUACCAGUGCUGGGAGAACUCGGUGGGGGAGGAGCUGUACAAGCUGAGCAUCUUCAACUUUCUCCUCACGGUGGCCUCUGCCUUCCUUGUCACCCUACCUAGGAGGCUGUUGGUGGAGCGAUUCUCGGGCCCGUUCUGGGCCUGGCUGGGCCGGGAGGAGUUCCUGGUGCCCAAGAACGUGCUGGACAUUGUGGCGGGGCAGACGGUCACCUGGAUGGGCCUCUUCUACUGCCCUCUGCUGCCACUGCUCAACAGUGCUUUCAUCUUCCUCACCUUCCAGAUCAAGAAGUACACCCUCCUGCGGAACUCCACGGCAUCCCUUCGGCGAUUCCGCGCCUCCAGCUCCACCUUCUUCUUCCAGCUGGUGCUCAUCCUGGGCCUGCUCCUGGCCACUGUGCCCCUGGGCUAUGUGGUCAGCAGCGUCCACUCCUCCUGGGACUGCGGCCUCUUCACCAAUUACUCAGCCCCCUGGCAGGUGGUCCCGGAGCUGGUGGCCCUCCGGCUCCCACCCCUCGGCCAGCGUGCCCUCCACUACCUCGGCUCCCAUGCCUUCAGCUUCCCCCUCCUCAUCCUGCUCAGCCUUGUCCUGACCGUGUGCGUCUCCCAGUCCCACGCCAAUGCGAGGGCCAUCCAGAGGCUCCGGAAGCAGCUGAUGUGGCAAGUCCAGGAGAAGUGGCACCUGGUGGAGGACCUGUCGCGGCUGCUCCCGGAUCCCAACCCCGGCGACUCUCUGGGACCCCAGUUCCCGCACUCCCGAGCUUCGCGCCCCCGAUCCUUCUGCCCCGGAUUCCCGUGCCCGGGCUCCCCUGGCCCUACACCCCUCAGGCCGGGACGUCCCUCAUGAGUCCCGCUGGGCUACGCGGUGCCCCGGUUCCCGCCUGUCAAUCCCGCUAGCACUCACACCCCCGCCUCCACCCAGAGUCUCCUCAGGGCCAGACCUGCAGCCACCCACCUCCUGCCCCAGGGUCCCCCUUACCCCACUCUCCUGCCCCCUGGUGACCACUACCCCUCUCAGUGGGCCCUCCAGCAGGGCACGCCAAAGUGGGCAGCAGGAAGAAAAUAUGGGAACUUGUAUUUAUAUUUUUAUCUGUUCUUUAAAGAGUCUAUUUUUGUUGAAUGUUUUAUAAUGUAAAUAAUAUAUUAGUGUAGUAACCCAUAAAUGCAAUUUAUAGAUAUACAUGCAUUGGGAGUGCUCAGAAAUUGUUUGGAGUGGGGAGCACCGUUGUCAAAGUUUGGAGCCCUCCCCCAUGUGAAGGGAAGACCCAGCCACAGUUAGAGUAAGCCCGUGUUGUCCUCCCCACACACAAUCUCCUGUUAGUCUGUCUUCACGGGUCACGCAGUCCAGACCCACAGAGGCUGAGUAAUGUGAGUCAACUAGGGGCAGAGCUGGGCCUGGACUCAGCCUUCCAGAGCCACACGGCCCCAGCAUGGGGCUUGGAGGCUGUUCCUGUCCCUCACCCUGG